CAAAGUCCUACCUGUAUCGUUAUGUCCUAUGUUUCUUCACUUGCCCAAAUCCCACCCCCCUUUUCAUCGAAGCUCAGCCACGGCAAGAAGGACCACCCCUCCAAUCUCAAAAGCCUCUUGGUAUGUCACGCACGCUUCAGGUUUGUUCGACGUGUCAGUUACUCUGCAAGAAUUCAAGAGCAGAGCUCAGCCAGUAUCAAGAUGACGAGGCGAUGCUGUGAAAUCGAGGCUUCAAGGUUGGGAAAUGGUUUCCCGUCGUCGUCGGUGCUCCCGCCUGCCUCGAAGCCCCAUAUUGCAGUGCCGGCCCGCAUGGAACCGCAAGCAUGGCCGACAGCUGCCACAAGCACAGACCACAAAAAACAGACGCCAAUCAUCUGGCUCCACACGGAAUAACCGCGCCUUACAUAAUCCGCCGCAAAGAUUUAACGACACACAAAACUUUUCCUGCGCAAAGUUUGGACUUGUCAAUCUCUCUUCCAACCAGUCAGCCCAACAACGAGGACAACGACAAUGUGCGAGCAACACAACCUCCGAUCCUGAUCGAAAGUUCAGAACUGGGUGGCCAAUGUUGCAUCGCACGGAGCAAGCCAGCGCUGUCUUGCGAUAGACUGCUCUGGGGAAGGGCCGCAAUUGACGCUGUUAUGAAGUUAUUUUAUCUUUCGGUCGUCUUUUGGAUUCCUCUCGGAACAGUUCGCAGCAGCAACGGCAAGCUCAGUCGCUCGACAACGGGUAUGCAAUGAUGUGCGGCAAUGGGUGGUGAUAGCUCAUUUGCGCUUCGUUGCGUUGCUCCUUCACAUCAAAUAUCACAAGUGUUCUAGAUGUUACUCUUGUCCGGAAGCUUGUGGUGGAUGGUGUGGUUGGUUGGUGUAUCCGCGGUUGGAUGUAGAUUCCUAGGCUUGAAAAUAAGAUCAUUUUGCAAAUA